AUGCAGAUUUUGUUUUUCCUUAUUCAUCAUUUAUGCACAGUCUCAUAUAAAUUUACUAAAAUAACAAAAGAUACCGAUACUUCUAAAUAUCAAUAUUUAGGAAAGAAAGAUAAAGUAAAAUUUUAUAUUGAAAGGCAAAGUGAGAAACUAAACUCUGUUCCUCUUCCACAGCAAAUCGAUAAACUAAAAAAUUUAUCUAUAAAAAUUGAGAAGAAUAAUAAUGUGUACGUUAUUAACCCACUAAAGCACUUUAAAGUGGUGAUAAAUGAUACUACAUGUCAAAAUUUAGGGGAAUUUGAUCGUAUGAAAUUUACUAAUAACUCUAUUGUUUGUUAUUACAAAAAUGGAGAUGUAUGUGAUAAAUCUAAGAUAAUGUUUGUAAUGGAUGAGGGUGAGCCUAAGAUAGAAAAGUAUUUCUCAGGUGUGGCGUCUUACCUUGUAUUUAAAGUUACCGGUCCUUUUCUUGGAGAAAAAUGCGAAUUGAAAAUAAUUUAUUAUUUAAAAGAAAAUGAAGAAAAAAUAAAUUUAGAAGUUGAAGAUACAAUUCCGUCAUUUAUAAAUUAUUUAAAACAAAGCUAUGCCAGUAAUAAAGAUAAAUAA